AUGACCUCUAUCAAAGUGAACGUCUCUCAGCACCCCGUCAAGUCUGUGACUGUCUUCCAGUCUUCCACAGCGGAAGUUGGUCGUAUAUUUUCUCUUGACUUGACGGCGGGUCAGAACACUGUUGAGAUUACGGGUCUGCCAAGCUGCAUCGACACAGAGUCCGUCAGAGUCACAGGGCUCGGCAGUGGAGCUCGUCUUUUCGACGUCGUAUCCACGAUCAAGAAGAGCGCUUCGUUCGGUGACGCUGACGCAUCUGACUCCAUCCGUGAGCUAAAGCGCAAGAAGAAGUCGCUCGAGGACGAGAGAAGAGUUUUGCUGUCGGAGGCACGCUUCCUUUCCAGCUACUCACAGACGCUUUCCAGUCAGUACGUCUCACCAGACGACGCCUUGGAGUUCUUAGAUACCUUCUCUACACGCGAGAAGGAUGGAGUCCAGAAUAUUAGCGAUCUCACCGAGCGCAUUCUUGACCUAGACACGUUGAUAUGGGAAGAAAUGGGAAAGAAGCAAGGCGAAGCUUGUGGUCAUGUCGCUGUUGUCAUCGUGGCUAAGAGCGACUGCACGGUGGAACUCAAACUUAUGUAUUUGGUAACUGGAGCAAGCUGGGAACCUUGUUACGAUCUGUACGCGACAACCGUAAACGGACAGCCUGCGCCCUCUGUCUCCCUCCAUUAUCGUGCGCGCAUAAUUCAGUCGACGGGGGAGCACUGGACGAACUCCUCUUUGACGUUGAGCACAAGCAGUUCGCAGGCUCUGCGUAACGCGAGUAUCCCGGACAUCAAGUUGCUCAAAUUGCGCAAGCGGUCGCCCUUCAUGAGCGUCCCCCAGAUCCAGGUAACCGUUAGAAUUAUCCCUGUUUCCAAGCUUUUACAGAACGUCGAACCUGAAAACCAGCAAACCCAGCAACCUUCCACCACGACUUUCGGACCUCCAGGCGUUGGUGCCGCUGCGCGAGGCGUGGCUUCCAUGACCGAUCACUCCAUUCGUUCGAGAGGCCGAGCUUCCUAUGCGAACCCUACAGAAGACGCUGUGAACCCACAGCCCGCCGCGGCAGCCCUUGGCGGCGGCAUUGCGGCCGGUCAAGCUAUACCAGCUGCGUUGGACCAGAAUGGCGAGUUCACCUUCGUAGAAGCCGGAGAAAGCGAAGCAGAGCGUGUCGCAUCGCAGGAUGGGCCCAUCACCGAGGGCUCGGCGGCGGUCGUUCGUUCGAGUCCGCUGGCGACCGCAUACCGCGUCGAGGGCUCUGCGACUAUUCCGAGCGAUGGCCUCGCCCACAAAGUCUUUGUCGCUGCAUUGGACUUCUCGGUGGAGAUGUCACACGUCUGCGUCCCGCGCGUGCGUGCGGCAGUGUUCAUCGAGACCAAGAUAAAGAACACGAGCGAGUACAAUUUACUGCCUGGUCCGGUCAGCGUGUUGCUGGACGACAGCUACGUCUCCAAGUUUGCGCUUCAGUCCACAGGGACUAACGACAGUUUCACGUGCACGCUCGGCGUGGACACCUCCUUGCGUGUUACAUACGAGCGCUCGAGAAAAACUAUCAAGGAAGAGCAACGUGCGUUCGCGGACACCACCAAGAAAACGACGGUCACCGUGCGCGCCAAGGUGGAGAAUAGGCACACGUCCGACAUCCCCACGCUUGUCGUCCGCGAGGCCAUCCCAACUACAGAGGACGAGCAGUUCAAGGUCGUGCUGAAGCAGCCUGAGGGGCUUGCCACUGCGAAGGAGGGAGAGGAGGUUGCCGUCACCGACGCUGGUGACUCCAAGAAGAUCCUACCGGGUUGGAAGGUGCGCUGGAGCAAGGCCAUGGACGGAAAGGGUGGGGAGAGCGAGGGCAAGUUCGAGUGGUUCGGUGGGCUUGCAGCUGGGAAGACGACCACUUUGGCAGCGGAGUGGGAGGUGAGAGUGCCUGUAGGUGUGGUGUGGGAUGAAGUUGUCCAACAUGUCGCAGGGUCUACGACGUGA